CAUCCUUCCACAGCCUGGUUUGGUGGGAGACCCCUCACGAAAAAAAGUGUUUGGCAAGGAAAGAGUUAAGGAGUUUAUAGGGUCCAGAUCGAUGCCUCCUCUCCCACACGUCGCCAUGAACAAAUGAAUUCGCGGGGAAUUAAAUAUCAAUUUCACAAAGGAGAAAGAGUCCUCUGCUUUGAACCCGACCCUACCAAGGCUAAAGUGUUGUAUGACGCUAAGGUCCUUGAUGUCUUAAUAGGUACAGAUGAACAUGGAAGAAGAAUCCCAAAGUACCUGAUUCACUUCAAUGGUUGGAACAGAAGCUGGGAUCGUUGGGCUGCAGAAGAUCAUGUCCUAAGGGACAUUGAGGAAAACCGUAAAUUGCAACGUAAACUGGCUCGCAAAGCUCUAGGUCGCAUGAAGAGAAAGGGAUGGGCGAAGAGGCGUCGUCGUCAGUCUGGCACUAAAUCUUCUCUGAAGACUCUCCCUAAGGAGGACGACAGUGAUGACGCAUGUUUGAUUUCGUCUUCAGAGAGUAGUGACGGGGACGAUUCCGACCCUGAAUCUUCAAAUAGCGGGGACAGCACCUUCUCUGAGGACAUCAACAAAAUGAGGGUUGAACCAGACCUUAACAUUAAGAGGGAAUGUGAGGAGAAGAUUGUCCAUGUUGACAUCAGCAUCCCCGAUGUUCUGAAGAAGAAACUGGAGGAUGACUGUUUCUACAUCAACAAGAGGAAAAAGCUGGUGAUGGUUCCCUGUCAGACGAAUGUGGUGCACAUCCUCGAGUCCUACGUGAAACACUUUGCCAUCAACAAAGCAUUCAUGGCCAAUGAGAGGUACCGGCGGCAGCAGCAGAGCACGACACAGAGCAGCAGCCCACAGCCCGUCCCUCCAGAGAAGAGUGAGGAGCUGUGUAAGGAAAUGGUUGAUGGCCUGAGGAUCACGUUUGACUUCACCUUACCCAUGAUCCUCCUCUACCCCUGUGAACAAGCUCAAUUCAAGAAGGUCAGCUCCUCCAGGCUCUUUCUGGCCAUGAAUGAAAGCUCCCCCUGCUCCAGCAACACCCAACGAGAGCGCAGCCCGAGCCCGUUGGGACACAACCCCCCUACUCCUCAGUCCACAGACAGUCAGCCAGCACUGAGUGACAUCUCAGCCACCACACCCACCGCCCCAGCCCCCACCCCAAAGCGCAGACGCCACCCUGACAUGGACUGUAUCUCAUACCAGUCCCAGUCACUCAGACGCUCCACCAGGAACACGUCUGGAGGUGACCGGCCAGCUGAAGGAAGCAGUGGAGGUGGAGGCAGUGCCACAGCGUCCCCACAGCUCAAACGGCGUUUGGUCGAUACCUCAUCCCAGCCCAAGUUCUUCCUCAACCUCGACAGAAAAACCCCAGUGCACAGUGGCUCAUCUUCCCCAUUGCCCUUGACGCCAAGCAAAGAGCGAAGCGGGCCAUUCUAUGGCCUGGAGAGCCGGAGAAACAAUGAGCUUAAUGAGGUCCUCAGCUGGAAGCUGACUCCUGAUAACUACCCUCUGAAUGACCAGCCUCCUCCACCUUCCUACCUGUAUGGAUCACAGCACCUUUUGCGGCUUUUUGUGAAGCUUCCUGAGAUCCUGGGAAAGAUGCAGAUCCCUGAGAGGAAUCUCCGAGCCCUGGUCAAACAUUUGGAACUCUUUCUCAGGUUUCUGGCAGAGUUCCAUGAGGAUUUUUUUCCUGAGUCUGCAUAUGUGUCAGCAUCAGAGGCCCACUACAGCAUGAAACAACCAAGGCCUGUUUACUGAAGGAGACACUGGCCAUUGUGUUUCCUUCCCUUGUUGCCUUUACCCUGACCUAACCUUUCAGCUUGCCAAGACUGACCUGUCGGGGCUCAUGUUCAGAGGGAUAAUAGCAGCUUCCUCUGGAGUUAAGCUGUAUUGUGCUUUCCUGGGCAUCCCUUUCUUCUCCUCUGGCCUAACAUUAGUUUUCCUCCUGUUGCCUUGUGGAAUAAGUUGCUUCUACCAUGCCACUAACCCUCGCCUGCGCUCUAUUUGUGGUACUGUAGUGCAUGUGAAGCCACCCUGCGACGCUUUGCUUCAGUGUACUGCUCCACGGCAUGUCGAGUGCUGUGUGUUACCCCAUAUCAGAUCUUAUUCUCAGGAGGCAGCUAAUACUGAGCCUCCUUUCCAAGGCUUUCCUCAUUAUCAUCUGCUUUUUUGUUACCAGGCAUACACAUUUUAGGACCAGGCUGAUGCUGUAAAGUUCUCUAGCCUCUGGUCAAAUCACACAGAUGGAAGCAGACACGAUCACUGCUAUUUGGCAAAGCUCUUUUUCCUCCUGCUAACACUUUGCCGCUCUUCAUAGCCACAGUUUUGGAAUAUUGUAGUGUGUUCAUAAAAGGGACACAUAUUGAAAAGCCCUGUGUUCUUGUUCUGUCUUCCUGAUAAACUAAGUUUGGAUACUCUUUGGCGCAUUGUAUGCUGUUUUGCCUGUUUGGAAGCUUGGCCCCUCUUAAUGUAGGGCCUUCCUUGUAGUGCUUCCCUUGCAGUGUCGCCAGUGAUCCUCCUCUCGAGAUGAUUCCUCUAAAGCUACAGUAGGAUGUGCUUCUUCUGUCGUGGAGAGGCUUUGCUGCUUUUGCUGAGCAAUUCAAAUUUGUGGACUCUUAAAAACUUGAAUCGGGAAUGUUGUUUUUCCUCCUCUAGUAUUACACUUUUUUGGUGUGUAAUGAGAGAUUUUCUUAUUUCUUGCUUUGUCUUGCUUUGGAUGUUGUCCUGUGCAUGUCUGAUAAAUGUCUUAACUUUUUAUUUGACUUCGCUCUGCCUGUUCCUCCCACUGUUGCCCCCCUUCUAACAGGAAGGAUAAGUUGCAGCAGUGAAAGAUGAAAAAAACAAUAAGUGCCGUGUACAACAUAUCACAGUAAUGUGUAUGUUAAUAAAGAGAUAUCUUGUUCUAAAGCUAAUCUUGAUAUACACUUAAAGACUAGAGGCUGUUAGUAUUUGCAAUUAAAGAUUGCUUUGGACCAGCUCAGGAGUGAGCAUCACAAAGAUUAGACAAUCGCUGAAAUGUGUCAAAAACAAAAUUACAUUUAUGUGAUAUAGACCAUAACGACUAAUGCAGUUUGUUGAAAAAUGUACAAGAAAUAAUCAAACAAAUUCUAGAAGAUGAUUUGUAAAUGCAACAACAGUAGUAAUUCUGGUUACUCAUCAUGACCUUGUAAAAAUGUAAAUACAAAACACCUGUUGGAUCAGUAUGCUAUUUAUUUUUUUUCACACACCACUGGAUCACUUUGUUAAUGUGUUGUUUGUUAAACUGGUUAUAAAAUACUUGACAAGAUCCAAUAAUACACAGUUAGCUUGUGUCAGCUAUUUCUUGGACAAAUAUAUCUGUAAAUACAGUGUCACUUAUAGGUUUAAUACAGUGUUUCUAUGUUUCCAGUGUUGUGUACAGAGGUAUGGUUUGCAUAGCCUGUUAGACUUUUCUAUUGUUUUUCAUUUCAUCUUUUUUCUGUAAGGUAAGUUUCAUUUUAUCCUAAUCGUCUCCAUUGUCUAGAGACGAUAAUUAAAUAAAGAUUUUUUCUAAAA